AUGUCACUAGAAUGGACAGGAGCAUCUCCACUGAACAGGCGCGAUGCGGAUUUCGACAGCGUUAGGACCCGACUCACACGACCUUACAUCGAGGCAGAAUGGCACAAACAGACCAAGUACUUCCACGAAUCAACGUUCGAUCAACACUACGAUGGACGGUUUGCUGAUCGGCCAUUAAAAUAUUACGAAAAACAAGAACACCUGAGCUCAUUGGUGCAGACGUAUUUGACGACCAUGAACGAGAUUGGAGCGGAGUCGUGGUUAAUGCACGGAACGCUCUUGGGCUGGUACUGGAAUCGACGGGUAAUGCCCUGGGACUCUGACAUCGAUGUCAUGGUAUCCGAGACUUCCAUAGAGCUUCUUGCUCGAUACUACAACAUGAGUAUGCAUCAUUUCAAGAUCCCCGGGACAAACACGGCGAGGAAGUAUAUGUUGGAAGUCAAUCCUCACUGCUUCGAAGGCGACAUCGACAAAGAAAACCGCAUCGAUGCUCGGUGGAUUGAUACAGAUAUCGGUCUGUUCAUCGACAUCACAACACUGCGGCACAAUGAUACCGCCACUGCUGAGGGCAACGACGAGUCGAUGAUGGUAAAGGACCGACAUCACUACCUAUACGAUGACAUCUAUCCGCUGAGAGAAGGUGUCUUCGAGUCAAUGCCAGCUUGGAUUCCGUACUCAUAUGCCGACAUUCUGAUCGAAGAAUACGGCGAUCAAGCACUAUCAGACAUCUAUCACGACCAUCACAGAUUCGAUCCAGAGAAGGGAGAGUGGGUGCCGCAGAAGCAGGCAGUGUUGAGUACAUCAGACUUUGACGAAGACAAGCCAGCAGUCGAGAUUACAUGA